AUGACAACAACAUCCCGAGAACAAAUACUCAAAUAUAUUACUGACUACAAUGAAUUUGACGUUUGGGAAUGUAUUGGAAAAUGUGAAAGUGAUGGAGACAUAGAUGGUAUUGCCAAUGAAUUACAAGAGUAUAAAAACAAAAAUUCUAAUGCAUUAAUUGAACUUAUUAAUACAAGGUUUGAAGAUCUUGUAUUUCUCUCAAAAACAUUAUCUGAAAUUAAAGAAGUUACAAAUGAAAUCAAAUAUCCAAUGAAAGUACUUGAAAAACAAACUUCAGAUAAAAUUAAAUUAAUUAAAUUAGAAAUUGAAGAAGUAGUUAAUGAAUUAACUCAAAAACAAGUUCAUGAAGAAGAAAUGGAAAAACAAAAAAUUGAAAUGCAAAUAAUGAAUUGUUAUAAAAGACUUAAAAAUAAUCUUAUUCAACCUAAAAGUGUAGAACAAGUAGAAACAGCAUGUUAUCAAUUAGAAAUGUUAAAAUAUCUUAUUCAUUGUCAUAAUGAAGCAGAAUGUGCAGAAAAAAUAUCACGAAGUUUUACUGAUAUUGAAAAUACUAUUCAUACAUUAUUAGAAAAUUUUUUAUUGGAAUACGCUACAACAAAUGAUCAAGAAAAAAUAGAAAUAUGUUCUAAUUGUUAUCAUCUACUUGGAGAAAUGGAUUUAUCUCAAAACAUUCAAACAAAAUAA